UGCCAACACAUUUCACAGGCAUGCUGUCAGUCCGUACUCUCCUGUUACUCGCAUUCCAGUCCCUCUUUCACCUUUAAUUGUAGGCCCUCAGCAGGAGUGGCUUUUGGUGACCUCAGGCUGCGCCCUAAGCGGCAGACACGCAGAGCUGCGCAAUGAUCGAGGGUGAGCGCAUAGGUGGGAUCUGGGACAAUGGGUGCGUAGCGUCCGCAGACCAAACAAAAAAAACGGCCAAAGAACAAUCUCUCCUAAACUUCUUAUUUUACGUUUUAAGAAAAUAAAAUGUCUAAGCGAGUCAGACCCGGUUACUACCGCCAAGAAGUCAACAAGACCUCCUGGGAAGUGCCGGAGCGGUACCGGGAUCUGAAGCAGGUGGGGACCGGGGCGUACGGGACGGUAUGCUCAGCAGUGGACUCCAGAACAGGAGGCAAAGUGGCAAUCAAGAAGCUGUACCGACCUUUCCAGUCUGAGCUCUUUGCAAAACGGGCCUACAGGGAGCUGAGGCUUCUCAAACACAUGAAGCAUGAGAAUGUGAUUGGCCUGUUAGAUGUGUUUACUGCUGACCUCUCCCUGGACCGAUUCCACGAUUUUUAUCUGGUGAUGCCAUUCAUGGGGACAGAUCUGGGGAAGCUGAUGAAGCUGCAGAGACUGUCAGAAGAAAAAAUUCAGUAUUUGGUUUAUCAGAUGCUCAAAGGGCUUAAGUACAUUCAUUCAGCUGGUAUAAUUCACAGGGACCUCAAACCAGGAAAUCUGGCCAUCAACCAAGACUGUGAGCUCAAGAUUUUGGACUUCGGUUUGGCGCGGCAGGCAGACAGUGAGAUGACGGGGUACGUGGUGACUCGCUGGUACAGAGCCCCAGAGGUCAUCCUGAGCUGGAUGCACUACACUCAGACUGUGGAUAUUUGGUCUGUGGGCUGCAUCAUGGCGGAAAUGCUGCAAGGAAAACCUCUUUUUAAAGGCAGUGACCACCUAGAUCAGCUGACUGAGAUCAUGAAAAUCACAGGAACACCAACUCAGGAAUUUAUAUCAAAACUGGAAUCUGAAGAUGCCAAAAGCUACAUCAGAAGUCUUCCAAAAGUUGAAAAGAAAGACCUUCAAAAGGUGAUUUUCACAACUAAUCCACAAGCCGUGUCUGUGCUGGAGCGCAUGUUAUUGCUGGAUCCGCAGAGCAGGGUAACCGCUGCAGAGGCUCUCACGCUGCCUUACUUCACCGAGUUCAGAGAACCAGAGGAGGAGACGGAAGCACAGCUGUACGACCACUCCUUAGACAACACAGACCUGCCGCUGGACCAGUGGAAACGUCACACCUUCACAGAAAUCUUGACCUUCAAACCAGUUGUGCCAGAAUCCAAGGAAACCUCACUGUAAAACACGAAGAGACGGCUGUGCAGCCUGGGGCCAGAACAAACUAACAUGUCUUUUUAUCUUGUGCUCAAGUGACUCUUUGAUCACAAGACUUAUUGAAUGCCCACGGACUAUAUUCUCUUUUAAGUGCAAGCUGCUGUGUUUUUGAUGAUUUCCCAGUUGUGGAUUUUUCGUCGUCGUAAAUUUCAGCAUGUUUUUGGUCCAGUAGCUUGUUUCCUGAGUCUAGCAUUAGAUCCUUUCAGCACUUCUUUCAAUGCUGAGGUUGCUAUGCCAGCUCACGUAUACAUAACUGAUAUAAGGUCAGGUAAUAAUAUUUUUUAAAUAUUUAACUGGGCAAUCAAGGCAUUACGAGUUGAUUUUAAUCAGAAUGGUACAUAUAUGUUUUAGGAGCAUUUAAUAAAACACAUUACUCCCUACAAGUUGGUAUUAAUUACAAAUGAAGAAAUUACAAUAGACACAUUUGACUUAUGAGAAAACAGAAUUUCUUGAAGAAUCCUGGUGAAAUUUAUUGUUUGAUUUCCAAGAGUCAUUUGUAUUUGUGGUAAAAAUAUGAUUUUAAGGUAAUAGAUCUAGGCAAUACGUAGUUUAUUUUGUGAGGUAAUCUCCCUGUCAGUGACCACAUGUCCUUAAAAGACGUUUGUUUAGAAUUGUUUGGGAUGUCCUCGUGUGUUUGUGUGUGUGUGUGUGUGUGUGUGUGUAGACUACAUGUCUGUUGUGACCUUGUCAUUCCUCCCAGUGGCCUUAAUGUUAACGACAUAAUACUGUUGAACCGUAUGAAAACCAUUCCCGGAAGGGUAAGCACAAACAUUCACAUAUUCAUUUCAAACCAAAAAUACAUACAUACAUAAAUCUGAUUAUAUUGUUUUUUUGAAACAGAAAGUUGCACAAAACACAUUCUCAUCGUUGAUUUGUGAAUUCAUAUUUCUAGCACCA